ACACAUCCCACAAGCCUCGAACACGACUGCGCCCCCGUGCCACAUCCUCCCUGAGCGCCGCCGCGCGUGCUCCUCCCUGCCCGGACCCCUCCUGCACCCCGCAUCGCCUCCAGUGCCCGGCGCGACCUCUUCUUCGAACGCCACCGCUCGGCGUGCUUCUCCCGGAUCUUCCUCCAACCCCGCCGCACCGCAGUGUCCGGCGGGACCUCCUCCUCGAACGCCGCCGCGCGACCUCAAACGACGCGCCUGCAACGCCCCAGCUGCUGACACCAUCGCGGGUUCUCCCUCGCGCCCAUACUUCCCCGCCCACUCGCCGCGGGCGCCGCGACCUUUCUCCCAGCUCGGUUCCCGAACUCCACUCCACCAUGGCCCCAGAAAGGAGUGGGUCUAAGAAGCAGGAGCUCAACUCUCAGAAAAAGCUAGAGAAGAAGCUCAGCUUCUAUACAAAAGUGAAAGAUGCGGUUACCUCCCUACAGGCCAAAAAGGCUAUCAGUAAGAAAAAGAAACAGAGGAGCCGUCAGAAGAAACUGAAAGCAUAUGAUCUGUCAGCACUUUCUGAGUUCCUUCCACAAACAGCCAGCUCCCAGCAGCAGACGGAAGUAAAGCUUAACCGCAAAUCGAAGCAGGCUUUAGUGCAACGAGAGUCUGCUCAACUGAAUGCUGUACUGAACAAUGCUCAGUUCCAGCUAGACCCAUUGGCUGCAAUUCAUCAGCAUCUGGUAUCAACACAACCGCCUUCUUCCGUGAAAGACGACGAAUCUGCAAAGAGCGGGAAGAAAUCUAGGAAGGACAAGAAAAGGAAGAAGAAGAAGAAGAAGAACAAUGCUUUGUCAACCCCUCAGUCCAUGGAUAUCUGAUAGUGCAGACUGACUAUCUAAAGAAAUGAAUGCAGUUAUUUUUAUCUUGGUUUGAAGGUGACCCUUGCCAUGUGUGAACUUGGAAGUUGUAAGAUUUUGCUACCAGUGCGAGUUUUCUGUGUCUGAACUUCCAGCUUGCUUUUCUCUCGAAAGAAGUAACUUCCAGAUUGCUUGCAAAAUCACCCCGAAGGUUCGGAUUUA